UUGAGCUAGCCCUGUCUGUUUAAACCGGGAGGACACCCAUACCGACUUCUCAAUGCAAAAAAUAAAAGGGUAGCUAGAAGCAGCUAGGGGCGAGGGGAACGGAGGUGUGAGUAGAAAGCGCGAGCUCUCGGUCUCUCUCUCUUCCUUUUAUUAUAUAUAUAUAUAAAUGAAUGAAUGAAUUAUUGAGUAGAAGGGCACGCGUACAAGGAAACACGCCUCCGCCUGGACUAACGAACCUCGAAGCUUUUUAUAUUUGACUUGUGUUCAAUGGUACUACGUGUUUCUAUCUGUACAUUUUGGGCUCGAGAGUAGGACGCGUGUCAAGUCUCGCGCACGUCAUCGUAAAACACUACGGAAGAUUGUUUUUGCUCGAUCGACCGCUGCUACGAAACUCCUCUCAGAGAAGAUGGCAACUUUAACAAACGGACAGGUGGACGGCAGCACGGUUCACGGAGGAGCGGCCAGUACGAACGGGCUCGUGAACGGAAUAAGCCACGCGCACAGUCCCGCGAGCUGCGCAACCAUUCCCAUGAAGGACCACGAUGCCAUCAAACUGUUCAUCGGACAGAUACCGCGCAACCUUGACGAGAAGGACCUCCGGCCGCUCUUUGAGGAAUUUGGCAAGAUCUAUGAGCUCACCGUGCUGAAAGACCGCUUCACUGGCAUGCACAAAGGCUGUGCCUUCCUCACAUACUGUGCAAGAGAAUCAGCGCUAAAAGCUCAGACCGCGCUACACGAGCAGAAGACACUACCUGGGAUGAACAGACCGAUCCAGGUGAAACCAGCAGACAGUGAGAGCAGGGGAGAAGACAGAAAACUCUUCGUUGGCAUGCUGAACAAGCAGCAAUGUGAAGAUGAUGUGCGACGCCUUUUUGAGUCCUUCGGCUGCAUCGAGGAGUGUACCAUCCUCAGAGGUCCUGACGGAAACAGCAAAGGUUGUGCGUUUGUGAAGUAUUCCACUCAUGCAGAAGCUCAGGCCGCUAUUAGUGCUUUACACGGCAGCCAAACCAUGCCUGGUGCUUCCUCCAGCCUGGUGGUAAAGUUUGCAGACACAGAUAAGGAGCGGACCAUUCGACGCAUGCAGCAGAUGGCCGGUCAGAUGGGCAUCUUCAAUCCGAUGGCCCUGCAGUUUGGAGCGUACGGUGCCUAUGCACAGGUCCAGCAGCAGGCAGCACUGAUGGCAUCAGUUGGUCAGGGAGGAUAUCUAAGCCCUAUGGCCGCUUUUGCUGCUGCACAGAUGCAACACAUGGCCACCAUCAACGGCCUCCCAGGGGCUCCCAUGACCCCAACAUCAGGUGGAAGCACGCCCCCUGGCAUCACGGCUCCCACAGUGACCAGCAUUCCAUCUCCGAUCAGUGUUAAUGGUUUCACAGGGCUGCCACCUCAUCAGGCCAAUGGCCAGCCCCCAGCAGAGGCCAUGUUUACCAAUGGGAUCCAUCCUUACCCAGUUUUGCAGGAGGUGGUGUUUAGGGAAGACUCGGAGAAGGGCGGCCUGGGCGUGGCGCAGAGGAGUUGUUUUGGGGUUCAGGGAAGCUGCUUCCUGUCCUCCCUCUCAGAAGCUCAGAGUCCCACUGCAGCAGACCCCUUACAGCAGGCUUACGCUGGAGUCCAACAAUAUGCAGCAGCCUUCCCUGCUACAUAUGGACAGAUCAGCCAGGCUUUUCCCCAACCACCUCCCAUCAUCCCCCAGCAACAGAGAGAAGGGCCUGAAGGGUGUAACCUGUUUAUUUAUCACCUCCCUCAGGAGUUUGGGGACGGCGAGCUGAUGCAGAUGUUCCUGCCUUUCGGUAAUGUCAUCUCCUCCAAAGUGUUUGUGGAUCGGGCGACAAACCAAAGUAAAUGCUUUGGCUUUGUGAGCUUUGAUAACCCGGGUAGUGCCCAGGCCGCCAUCCAGUCCAUGAACGGCUUUCAGAUCGGCAUGAAGAGACUCAAAGUGCAGCUGAAGAGGCCAAAGGAUGCCAACCGCCCAUAUUAGCCCCGUCCCCUCCCCCCAGCCACCCCUGACCCUGGGGGUGAAGGCCGCCGCUGCGCACAGGGAACGACAGGUUUUGUAGUUGGAAUACAUGUUGAUAACAUGCCAAAUGUAUUUGAAAUCUAAGAAAAACACAACAGAUCAAGAUAAUCAGGGCUGGGGAAUCAGCUGAAGUGGGACAUGUGGAUGAUGUAGCCGUGUGAUACACAAACACCACCAUCACCAGGCUCAAUGGACCUUUUUGAACUUCAACAUUGAACUCAGGGGAGCCGCGGUGUUACUGGACCAUGCCGUACUCCCUUUUCUGAAACCUCCCCAAGCCCUUAUUUUGCAGAACCACAGGACGAAUUAUUGAAGACCAACACAUUAAUAUACUUAAAAAAAAAAAAAGAAAAGAAAAACAAUGUAUGCCCUUCGAAGGCACUGAAUCUAAGAAUAAAUAGUAAGAGAAAAAAAAAAACACUUUUUAAAACUAAAAUAGACUUUUAGAGGGGAAUCAUGUACUACUGAACGUGUCUUUGGGAAAACUUUUUAAAGAACUGUUUUAGAAUUUAACAAAAAGGACUUAAAAAAAACUUGAAAGACAAAACUUUUUGGAAGGAUGUGACAAUUCAGGACACGAACUCGCUUCGACUUGAGAUGGCCAACUUUUUCUUGGAGUGCCUGUCCAUUUCCAGGGACAUCGGCUGCCACAAACCACAGCCUCAGUCUGCUGGGAGACUUACCUGUCAUUCCUUAGUUGUGUAGGGACCAAAUGACCAAACCUUUUUAACACAAAUGAAAAAGAAAAAAGAAAAAAAGACUGUAACAUAAUCAGACCACUGCAUCUCUUGCUGUGCCAAUCGGUUUAAGAGUUGUAUUUAAAAAAGAUAUAUGUAUAAAAAGAACAUAUAUGACUAUAUGCAUAAAUGCAUACAUAUAGAUUGCUGAUAUGCUUUUGAAUACUGGCAAAACUAUUUCCGAUGGCCGUCAAGGCCAUUCACUUCGCUAGUUUACAAUUACUGCUCAAAAUGAAGAAUAUUUAUUUUUAUUUCUCUUCUAGUUUUCUCUGUGUUGAGAGAAAGGGUGCAUGGGAAGGGUUGUUCCAUAGUGCAGCCUUACCUUUUCUAUUUUAAUGUCCUUACCUUGUAGUUAAGAGACCAUCUUAAAAAGGUUUGAGAUAAACAAUCCUGUUUAUAUAUAACGUACAUACGAUAUGUAUAUGUAUAGCAGAUGUUCAAGCAAUAUGUAUUCAUAUGUAUGCACCUGUAUAGCAUAUAUAUGGAUACAUAUGAUAUUAAUCCCAAAACCCAUAUAUGUAUUUAUAUGCAUAUAUUUUAUAUGUGUGUAUAUAUAUAUAGAAACCGGCUAUUCAAUAUGUAGAGCUGUAAUUUUUUUUGUAGAUUUAAAAUGGAGUUUGAACCACUGCUCUGCUUUGGACUUUUAGCACUUGGAAGACUCUCAAAUCGGCAGCUGCAAUCUGCAGGCAUUCCUCUCUGUCUGAUAUAACAUUCUCUAUCUGCUAACACACACACACAUACUCAAGGGUAUGAAAACUGAUAUAGUUUCUGUAUAUAUGUGUAUAUGCUAUUUACAAAUGCAAAAAGUCCUCCUCUCAAUUGAGAGUUUAAAGAGAAUGAGUAUUAUUACAAAAUAGUACAGAAAACGUUACGGACAUAUCUGACUCCCCGCCCUACAAAAUACUCUGCAAACAUUUGCAAACACGUGUGAUAUACGAACAAACAAAAGAUAUCUAUCCACUUGAACUGAGAGCUGGCUUUAAAUACGGACACCUGACGGUUUUUUAACUCUGCUGCGAUUCGCGCAUGUUGCGCCGAAUUAUUGGCUAGCGCAAGCGCAUCCGUUCACCUUGCAGCACUGUGCUACAAUGCUAGCAGCCAUUCAUUAUAAUGAUGUCAAAGCAACAGAAACACUCUACUUCUUUUAUAUAUAUAUAUAUAUAUAUAUAUAUAUAUAUAUAUA